CUUCUGUGUUAAAAGUAAAUAAAUGACGGAUAUUUUCGGGAAUGUAUUUUACGCAAAUUCCACAACGAUUUGUCAGUGAAUGAUAAAGUAACCAUAUGAAUAAUGGAUAAGAAAGGGAAAUUGAGAUCAUUGGAUGAUGAUGAUGAUGACGAUGAUUUUGAUUCCAUGUUUAGUAGGACUGGCCCCUUGUUGGAUAGGAAAGGUAUCAGAUCCAUGAAUAAAUUUGAUCCAGACAAAAUGAUCGACAAAUCUGUAUCAGAAAGUUCUUUGUUUAAAGAAGCAAGAGCUCAGAAAUCCAACAAAUCAGUAUCGUACAAAGCAGCUGCACACAGUUCCUCAGAUAAUAUAGAUGAUAACACAGGAAUAUUAGGGAAUAAAAAAGUUUCGGAAAGUGCCAAAGUCUAUUUUGAUUUGUCCAAGUCUGAGGAAACGGAACAAGCAGCUAUGAGUAUGAAGAUGUCCAGUAAGGAUGAAAGAGGGAAGGGAAAAAUGGUCCAAGCCGAAGCCAGUAAAAGUAGUCUUCAGAUGGGUCAAAAGUCAUCAGUAGAGGCGUACAAACAAGUAGAGAGCAAGAGUAAAGGUAUUAUGUCCUCACAAGCCUCUGAAGAAUCUAGCUCUUUCUCAAAAUCUAAAGAAGUCAAAUUUCGUAGCUCAGAAUGUUCAUCUGUACAGUCAUCUAUGUCAUGUUUAUCUCAAGAUUCUUUCUCACAAGACGCCAUUAUUGAUGAUUUGAUGGAGAAAGAGGAAGCUGUACCUGCUCUGUGUUUAAAAUAUCCCCUUGAACUCCCCCCGUCAUACUCCAGCGACUCUCAUAUUUCCUGGCAGUGCCUAACAAAUCUAAAAGUCAGUUAUCAAAAAUCGUCAAGAAAUUUAGAACAACAUAUAGAAGCCAUCAAAAAUGCAAAUGGUAAUGUUAACGAGGAAAUAAAACAUUUAAACAGCAUUUUAAGAAUCAUAGAACAUGCAUGGAAAAUGGAAAUAUAUGGUCGAGACUUAUCCUACGGUUUAUGUGAUGUCAUCAGACAGGAGGGAAUUCUGGACAUGGUCAUCCAAAAUUGCUCAUCAUCAAAUAAAGACCUUCUUAAAGCAUCCGCUGGUCUACUAGAACAAAUUCUAUCAACGGAAAAUAGAAAAUAUGUGGUAGAGAAUGGACUUGAGACGGUUAUCAACAUGACGUUAAGUUUGAAAGAUAAUCAUGAAUUUGCAAAAUAUACAACCGGUAUCUUAGAGGGAUUGUUCAAGGUUUCUGCCGAGGCAGCAUCUAAAAUGGUGGCACUCGGAGGACUGGACAUUAUACUUCACUGGUGUCGAAGUGCCGAUCUUGGAGUAUUACGAAGAUGUGCCAAAGCUAUUUCUAAUUUGUCUUUGUUUGGAGGAAGUGAAGUUCAAGAGGAAAUGGCAACACAUAAUGUUCCUGAGUGGUUAUUUCCCUUGGCGUUUAUGGCAGACGAUAAUAUUCGCUAUUAUGCCUGUUUAGCAAUUUGCGUCCUUGUUGCCAAUAAAGAACUUGAAGCAGCUGUGAUGAAAUCUGGGACAUUGGACCUUGUAAUGCCAUUUAUAAACAGUACAAAACCAUCAGUGUUUGCUAAAAAUGACCUUGCACAUCGUCAAGGUCGUGACAGCAUCUACUUGGAACACCUCAUCCCUUUACUUUCUAGUCGAAGAGAAGAAGCCCAAGCCCUUGCUGCUUUUCACUUUGCCAUGGAAGCUGGUAUAAAAGCUGAACAAGGAAGAGUUGGGAUAUUUUAUGAUAUUGGUGCUAUUGAACCACUGAAAACUGUAGCUAGUAGUCCCAAUGCCACAGCAUCAAAGCUAGCAGCCCAGGCCUUAAAGAUCAUAGGAGAAGAUGUGCCACAUAAACUUACACCUCAAGUGCCUGUCUGGAAUAUAGAGGAUGUAGCUCACUGGAUUAAACAGCAGGUUGGAUUUAAAGACUAUGUUGAUGCCUUUGUGAGUUGUCGUGUAGAUGGAGAUAUUCUAUUACUGUUAACUGAAGAUGAACUCCAGAAUAGUAUAGGAAUGACAUGUAAAAUAGCAAGAAAAAGAUUUUUGAGGGAGUUGAAAGGUCUAAAAGUAACUGCUGACUAUUCAUCAUGUGAUCGUAGCCAGAUUGAUAGCUGGAUGAUGAAGAUAUUACCUGAUCUAUCCCAAUACACAUACUGUAUGCUGAAGAAUGGAAUGAGUAAAGAAUUACUGUCCACUACAAGUCAUGAAGAGCUGAAAGAAUGUGGAGUCACUAACCCUAUCCAUCGUAGACUUAUACUGGAACAUAUUGAUGAUUUAUACUGUUCUUUACCUAAGUAUGGUAGUUUUAGCAGUUUACAGCGACAGAAGAGUGUUGAUGUCUCCAGUAUUUCUACCCUUCCCAAGGCUGUGGAUGUGUUUAUAAGUUACAGAAGAUCGACAGGAUCACAGCUAGCCAGUUUAUUGAAAGUACAUCUACAGUUACGAGGAUUCACCGUGUUUCUGGAUAUAGACAGAUUGAGAGCAGGAAAGUUUGAUGAAAACUUGUUAAUUAACAUUAAAAUGGCUCGCCAUUUUCUACUGGUACUUACACCUAAUUCCUUAGACAGAUGUUUUGGUGACCAUGAAUUAUCAGACUGGGUUCAUAAGGAAGUUGUAACAGCUCUAGAUAGUGAUUGUAAUAUUAUACCUGUGUUAGACAGUUUUGAUUGGCCAUUACCAGAAGCUCUUCCCGAAGACAUGCAGCAAGUUGUUUACUUCAAUGGAGUCCGGUGGGUCCAUGACUACCAAGAUGCAUGUGUUGACAAGGUUGAAAAAUUUCUACUAGGAGAGAAGAUUCCACAUAUGGAUAAAAUACCGUCACAAGGAUCUAUCCAGGGGUCCAUCCAAGGAGACAGUCGAAAUUCCCCAGGAAGAAGUAGUCACCGGAGCUCCUUAGACGGAAGCAUGCAGUAGGGGUGCAGUUUUUGGAAAAGCCAUGUUAAUUUUAUGAGGGAUAUAUGAUAUAUUUAAACUAGUCUUUUUUAUUAUAUUGAAAUAGUGAGUUAUGACUUUGUUAAAGUUUUUACAUAUUUUAGUAAUUGCCAGUUGAAAUUAAAAUACAGUAUAGAAUUGCAUUUUUGAUAAUGAACUUGAUAAUUUUUUGUAUGCAAAUCUAAUUAGAAAUAUGUUCUGUUUUGUCAUUAUUGAAUACAAUUAAAUAUGAGUUAGACGAGUAGAGUCAAACACGGAAAAUAGGAAAAUCCUGAAGUAGUUUGUAAUCAGUAUUAGGUGUUCAUGAUAUGCUAAAUUACAAUGUGUUAAAUUUGUAUACAUUGUCGAAAUAUUGCUCUGGUUGUAGUUAAAAUAGUCUGCCUAGUGUGUGCAUUAGGGACACUAGUUUUUACAUGUAUAUAUAAUAUAAAACUCCCAAUCAGUAAAUUAAUUUAAAAAGUGUAAAUCCAUUGAUUUGCUUUAAUCAACAGCUUAUUUCAAACAGGCAGUUUGAAUGCUAUAUUUUCUUAAUAUGAUAGUUACACUUAUGUGGUUUUAAGACAUGUUUUUUUUUAAAUUUAAGUCAGUAAAUAAGUGCAAUUUGAUACGGAUUUGCAUACAAAUGUAUAUUUUAUAUGCAAUUGGUUUUUUUUAUGUAAACAUAUUGCAAAUGUUUACCAUUAUUGCAGGUUAAUAUGAUUUUUGAAUUGGUGCUAAUAUGAUACCUCAUGAAUUGUUAAUUUUUUUAAUUUCUGUUCCAUACAAAGUUGCCAAAUACUCAUAAGAAUAGCCUUUGUUGCUCAGUGAGAAUGAUUAUUUUUCAAUUGUGAGAAUAGUAAAUGCUAAGCCGUAUGUAACAAAUUGAACAAUAAAAGCUUUAAAAUCUGGAUUAAGAAAGAAUCAUAAUUGUAUGUCGUUUGUCUUCUGUUAAGUUUUGUAUUAUUAAUUUGAAACCAAUUGUCACAAUAUAAUGUUCAAUUAGUUAUCGGAUUUAGUAAGUAAGAUUAAUGUUGAUUUUAUAAAAAUGAUGAUUUACAUUUCAUUUUUUAAUAAUUUAUACUUUUGAUUAUUGUUAGUUUAUUUCUUUGCCAUGUAUUAUUUAAAAGAAUUUCUUGUUUUAGAAAAGUAGAUAACAUUUGUUCAAAUGACUGGAAUUACAACCUAAGAAACAGAUGUUAAAUAUGUUAUGUAGUAGUUUUUUGUUUUCUUAACAUUAAUUCGUUAUUCUUUGAAAUGUUUAAAACAUUUUUUAAACCAUUGUGACAUUUCAAACAUUUUUUUUAACCAUUGUGUAGCUUUUACAUGACAUUCAUGAUUGUUUAACUGACAUACAAUGUAUGCAUUUUGGCAAGUAGUUUUUUGCAUUUUUUUUUUAGUAUUUCACCUUUUGGAUUUCGAAAGAGGGCAUUUGCAAGUCUUUUAAGAUGGCUAACAUAAUUUUAAACACAAAUAAUACAUCAUGGAGCAUCACAGGUGAACAAAAACAGACUCCCAAAUUAGUAUCUGAUUAAGACUAAAGUCUUGUAUUCACUUAUUGAUACUGGUCAGGCAGACAGUAGCUCAAUUAUAUCAGUAUAUAAUACGGUAGACAAAUUAUAUCACUUGAAAGGCAUAAUUUUAGAUUUAUAUAUUUUAUAAUAUAAAGAUUUUAUUCUAUUUUCUUUUAUAACUGAAAUAUUUUACAAAAUAUCAAUAUACUCGUACUUGUAAAUUAAGACUGUGAUUAUAAAAUAGAUAUAGGACAGAAACUCACAGGGCAUGAGGUCAUGGACAGGAAGUCAUGGCUCACUUUCAUAUGAAUAGCAAAAUGAUUACUUAUGUUUAAAAACUGUUUUGUUUCCUUCUUGAAGUUUUAUCAUAAAGUAUCUUUAUAAACAAAAUUUUAAAUGAUAAACAUAUUCUUUCAAAGUAGCAUGGUACCCAAAACGAUCUGUGGUGCCAAGAAAUAUAUCCCAUACAUUGUAAACAUUUGAUAUAUUUCCGAAUAUCAAGACUAAGAAGCAGUGUCUUGUACUAUAAAAUAAAUCAAACUUAUAAAAGGAAAUAAUUUGAAGGACAUGCUCAUUUACAUUUAAACAAUAGUACCCAGUAGUUAGUUGUGACUUUUUGUUGGAGUGCAAGUCUAUCUGUUUUCCUAUAUCUGGAAAUGAUUUUAACUUUUGCUUAUUCAAAUUUUAUACAUUAUUUAUACAUGCAAGUUUAUAUUUUAGUUCUAUAUCUACAUAUACCAUAUUAUCAAAUGAAUGCAGCAUUUAAGGUAAAAAUGGAUUACUUCAUAGACACAGAUUUAGUUUGAAUAAGAUCAUUCAUAUUAAGCUCCUAUUUUUUUAGGUUAAAGGUAAAAUCAAAUAUUGUGAUCAUUUUUAUUUGGAAUGUAAUUUCUAAUUUAAGGAGAAUUAAGGAUUGUACGAAAACAAAUUUUUGAUCUAUCUCUCUACCAAAAAUCAGUAAAGUCAGUUUUGUUAAUAGAAUAAAAUUGGUAUGUUUGUUUGGCUAGUGAUGAAUAGCAUAGGUCAUGAUACAUAAGUAUUCAUAAUCUAACACAAAUGUCAUCGUAUUAACCCAUUAUGAAUGAUGUUUUAUGAGGUAACUUUCCGAAGGAGUAUUUACAGUUGGUGCAUAUUUUUAAUUCUUUUACCUUUUUUUUCUUUUUUAAAAAACGUAGUUUGUUUUGUGUGUACAAAUAUCAUAAAAUUAUAUGUUCUUAUUAUGGAUAAAAAAAAUUGGAGAAACCCUAUUACAGUAUAUCAAAGAAACCGUUUUCUAACUGUAUUUUCUUUAUCUUAACCUUAACCUAAUAACACAAAUAUUUAGUCAAGUCCCCAGCGUCAACUUAUAUUGAACUCUAUGAUUUUCACUCAGAAACCCUGCAAAUGUUUUUUUGGAAAGAGUUGGUAGGUUUUUCGUUUUAGGCACAUGUUUCUUGUACUACCUUCAUAGAGUACAAUCGGAAUAAAAGUUGAGAAAGCCAACAUGAUAAAACGUUUGAUAGCAUUAAUAACCAAAUGUCUGUAAACAGAACAGUGGAAACCCUAUUAGGUCAACUUUGUCUCAACCCUAAUUUAAAACAGUCCCAUAGUUGUGUGGGCCUGUAAUUAACAUACAUAGUGUUUCAUUCAAAUCAUAAUAAUUCUUAAGUAGUUUAAUAAUGUCAUUAAAUUGACCAUUAAUGAAGAAUUGUAAAGAUUUAAGAUUACAUUUUUUUCGAAACAAAAACGAAAAACCGUAAAAAAAAAACACAAAUAUAAAGGUUGUAUUUUAUAGGGAAAAGUGCCAUAUUAUUAUUAUAAAUUUUUUUUUUUUUUUCUUUUCAGUUUGUACCUUUGCGUUUUUGUUUUAUAUAUAUAUUUAUUUCAGGUGCUUAAAUUUAUUACAUGGUUGGGAACAUUAUGAAAGUUGUUGGUUUGUCACAUUUUUUAAUAUAUUAAUUUAAAAAAAUUGUUGAAAUUUCAUAAACUUUUCUUUAGGGGUGUUAUGUAUGAAAAGUAUUUUAGGCAUUUAAUAAAAAUUUAGAUUGU